AUGGGUAAUAAAAUUGGAAGAGCCAUUAAAUUUGAUGAAGCUACUUUAAAAAGACAAAGUGGAUAUUAUGCAAGUGUCUUAGUAGAAGUUAAUCUUGUGAAUUACAUCCCUAGCAAAAUUGUGGUUGAAUCUAAGUAUGAUAAAUUUGAGGAGUAUAUUCAGAUUCCAAAGCUCCCCAAGUAUUGUAUCCAUUGCAAAAAUAUAGGGAAUUAUGUGGCUGAGUGUAGGAUUCAAAGGAAAAAUCAACAACAAGAGAUGCAACCUUCAGAGAUUCCUAACAAAGUUUGGGAAAAAAAGACAAUUCCUCCAAAAGUAGGAUUUGAUAUCUGUAAUUCUCCAAAGGAAAAAUUUCAGGAAACUCCCACAUCAGUAUGGCAAGUUGACAAAAUAGUGGAAGCUACUACUCAACAAACUGUUGUUCCUCCAAUUCAGAAUAAUACUCCUGCACUUAACAAAGAAAAAGGUUUCACUAGGCUUUUGGAGUCCCCAAGUGAUUUUCCUUCCUUAUCUGUAGACAAGCUUAUUGAUGUGGGUGCAAAUAAUAAUACUUCACACACUACUGAAGCAACAAUUUCAGAAGGAUGGAACGAAGUACCUGGUUCCAUUGCUAAAUUCAAGAAUGCUCAUAACAAUAUAAAUUCAGGAAGAAUGGUUAAACCUAAUGUGAUCACUAGGAAACAAGCAAAUACUUCAGUUAAGUCUAAUUCCAAUUUGGGAGGGGAUUUCAAUGUGGUUUUGAGUUAUGAAGAAAAAAUUGGAGGAAGAAGACCACUUAGAAUUUCAAUGCAGGAGUUCAGGAAUUGUUUAGAAUCAUGCAAUCUUAUUCAAGCUACAAGAAUUGGAAUCAAAUACUCUUGGUGUAAUAAUAGAGCAGGAGUCAGAGGCACAUCAGAUCAUGGACCUUUAUUUGGUUCUACUGUCAAUAUUGGUAAACCAACAAAUGCUCCUUUCAGAUAUCAAAAUAUUUGGACUUCUCAUCCAGGGUUUCUUGAUGUAAUUAAAGAUGCAUGGAAUGAAGCAAUAUCAGGCAAUCCAGCUUUUUCCUUCAUGAGCAAGCUAAAAGAUUAA